GAAGUUCAAUAGGAGUGAAGUGUGGUCACCAACAAUUAUCCAUAAAUAGGGAUGGGUAAGGUCAAAAAACAGGCGGGCCACGCCAUCAAGAAAAUCCUCAUGAAAGAGAAGAGCUUGGCGAUGAAAAAGAAGCGCGAGGCUGAUAGUUAUCACGACACGCCUGAAUCAACUGUCACGGCGCAGGCCCGCAAGGAUCUCGCGGCGGUUGAAUACCGAAAGUCCCAGGUUACCCAGGCCGCGCCCGCACAAACCUCUUCCUUCCUAUCCUACAACAACGCGCUUGGGCCGCCGUUUCGGAUAUGGCUGGAUACCAACUUUAUCAACUUCUCCAUGCAGAAUAAGAUAGACAUUGUUCAGGGGCUCAUGGAUUGCCUUUUGGCUAAAGUGAUCCCCUGUAUUUGCGACUGCGUCUUUGCGGAGCUGGAGAAGUUGGGUAAGAAGUUCCGGAUUGCUCUGAGGAUUGCCCGCGACAAGCGAUUUGAGCGACUGACUUGUGAAGCGCGGUACGCGGAUGACUGCGUCGUGCGCACCGUUACAGAGCACCCGGUUUAUAUUGUCGCGACAUGCGAUCAGGAGCUGAAACGACGAAUUCGUAAAAUACCAGGGGUUCCAAUUAUGUAUAUCUCAAAGCAUCGCUAUACCAUCGAAAGACUCCCUGAAGCAUACGGUGCCCCUGCGUAGUUUCGGCUUCUGUCAUCCAUAAGAUUAACCAAAGGGUGGGAAAAUGUUGAUUAAUACUCGCAACGAUUAAUUGUUAACUUUGCAUAUUCCGAAUGCUAAAUAUUAGGAUAGAUAGGGGUGAGGGGAUCGUUGAUCUAAAUAGAGAGGGGUACUUCACUACCUUCUAUUCUAAUAUUUUUCCCGUCUUUCACGCA